AUGAAAAAUAAAUUCGAGAGUAAAAAUCCUACCCACAUCUCAAACCGAAGUGAUCAACCGCCCAUGAUACUUAGGGAUAUUGAACAAUCUAUGAAUAGGCAGCGUACAUUUUACAUGAAACUGUCAUCAUUAAAACCGAGGUUGAAAGAAGGAAACAGAAUAAAGAGACGGAUGAAGCUUCAGAUUUUUAUUGACAUGAACAAAAGGCAGAGAAAAGUCUUCUUUAUUUAUGCAGUAAUAUACAAUAGCACUAUAAAGCCAUUCGAAAGUCGGAAUGGGGAAUUUUCACAACGACUUAUUGUUGUUGUUAUAGAUUGGAAAAAAUAA